AAUUAUUGCAUCGUCGGCAUCAGCUAGACAAAAUCCUGAGGCUAUUAAUCUCCUUCACAUCUCUUCCUUCUUCCUCCCUCCUCAACAAAAAUAAAUAAAUCUUUCUUCUUUUCCCAGAAAUCUAAAUCUCCACUCCUUCAAAAAAGGUUUCAACUUUGUACAUCUCCUCUGUAUUUAACCUUCUGGGUAACAUCAUUUUCGAUCAAAAUCAACUGGGUUUCGAUCAAAUUUAGUUUUUAUUUAUUUUUUAAAUAAUCCCUACUCGUUCGUCUCUGCUCACUAUUCUCGUCAAAGUUCUCUCCUUUAAGCUCGAGACCAUCAUCAAUACGAAGGAUGACGAUUGAAGAUGUUACUCCGAUUCAGAAGAGAAACUCUUCUUCUGCUUCUUCCUCCUCAGACGACGUUGCUGCUCCGUUGCUGCCUAAAUCUAAAGGAGACGAAGUAGCUGCUUACGAUGAGUUCAACGGAGCUUCGUUCAGUGGCGCGGUUUUCAACCUCGCCACGACUAUAAUCGGUGCUGGCAUCAUGGCCUUGCCUGCAACGAUGAAGAUCUUGGGGCUCGUCCUCGGGAUCGCUAUGAUAGUUGUCAUGGCUUUCUUGACCGAUGCGUCGAUCGAGUUCUUGCUUAGGUUUAGUAAGAUUAAGAGAAGCAGGUCUUAUGGUGGACUGAUGGGUGAUUCUUUUGGGAGGCCUGGGAGGGUUUUGCUUCAGGUUGCUGUGUUGGUUAACAACAUUGGUGUUUUGAUUGUUUACAUGAUCAUCAUUGGUGAUGUGUUGGCUGGGAAGACAGAAGAUGGGACUCACCAUUAUGGUGUUCUUGAAGGUUGGUUCGGUCACCAUUGGUGGAACGGGAGAGCUGCUAUUCUUCUCAUUACAACUCUUGGUGUCUUUGCUCCUUUGGCUUGCUUCAAGCGAAUCGAUUCUUUGAGGUUUACAUCUGCUUUAUCAGUGGCUCUUGCGGUCGUGUUUCUCGUCAUCACGGCGGGUAUUUCCAUCAUGAAGUUGAUCAGUGGUGGCGUGGCGAUGCCGAGGUUGCUACCAGAUGUUACUGACCUAACAUCCUUCUGGAACCUCUUCACUGUUGUACCUGUUCUUGUCACCGCGUUCAUUUGCCAUUACAAUGUUCACAGCAUACAGAACGAGCUUGACGACCCUGCUCAGAUAAGACCUGUAGUCCGAUCAGCUCUUAUGCUCUGCUCAUCAGUGUACAUAAUGACAAGCAUCUUCGGGUUCCUCUUGUUUGGAGACGAUACUCUCGAUGAUGUCCUCGCAAACUUUGACACGGACCUCGGCAUCCCUUUAGGCUCUGUCCUUAACGACGCGGUUCGAGUCAGCUACGCGCUUCAUCUUAUGCUGGUGUUCCCCAUUGUUUUCUACCCGUUGAGGAUCAACAUCGACGGCCUCUUGUUCCCUUCUGCUCCAUCGUUGACUUCCUCGAAUGUAAGGUUCGGUUGCCUCACCGCAGGUCUCAUCUCUGUAGUCUUCUUGGGUGCAAACUUCAUCCCAAGCAUUUGGGAUGCUUUCCAGUUCACUGGAGCAACUGCUGCUGUUUGUCUCGGCUUCAUCUUCCCAGCUUCUAUCAUACUAAAGGAUCGUCAUAGCAGAGCAACGAGCAGGGACACGAGUUUAGCUGUUUUCAUGAUUGUUCUUGCGGUGCUGUCCAAUGCGAUCGCUAUUUACAGCGAUGCUUAUGCGUUGUUCAAGAAGAACGCACCUCGUGAGUGAAAUGUGCAGUUGGGUGCGUUCUUGGAUGAAAGGAAACAAACCGUUUUUUUCAUCUUCACUGCUUAUGUAAAAUAUAGUAAUAAAUCAAGAAGACGAGACUCAUCUUCUAUAUGUGGUAAGCUGUACCAUUUGUUGUUGUUUUAAAGAGGACUUUUGCUUGCUUACGGUUUUGUACCAGCAUGAGUGUUGCUUGUAUGUAUACAAAUGCAAAUGUAAUGAAGAUCAUAUUCUAUAUCAUUGUUUAUAAUAGUAACAAGAUCAAAGCUAUUUGAAUCA